AUGUCGUUCGACGCCGAGUUUACCGACACGACGGACGUUGAGCAGGAAGAGGCUGCGAAGGCUGCGAGCACCAUGCAACAGGACGCGACCGACCCGAAAGACAUGCAUGGGACGGUGUGCACCAACGUAAAAGGCAAAUGGGAAGGCUUUUGCGUCUGCAGUAAGCAUUUCCCAUGGGGAAAACAGAGUCAACUGUUUGAGUGGACGUGUGUGCCGAAUGACUUGAUGCAGACCCGCUGGCUGCGGAACCCCUACUGGUUGCGGUUGAGUAAAGGUAAAUCGUUUACCUGCGCGGAGAAAACAAACGUGAUUGAGCUGAAGUGCGCCGUGGCUUCUGAUGUUAAUCAGGCCUCGAAUAGCUCGGAAGUACCGGAUAUGUUAUUUGUACCCUGAACAUUUUACCCUACAUUUAAUCCGGCCUCGGAAGAUGAAAUGAAUUUACUGCUCAUGCCGCCACUCUGUAUCAAACAAAUAAUGCGAUUUUUUGUACAGCGGCUGUCAGACUGUGAUCUGAGGUCUGAUGUUGGAGAAAGUAAUGGUCACGCGUGUUUUUGUCCGUACAUCUACAUUGCGAAGAAUGCAGAAGGAAUGCUGAUUUCCGGUCAAACGCGUUCCGUGGUAA